CAUUGUAGUUAAUAGAAAAAAACACUUCUGCACCAGUCUUUUUCUUUUAACUAUGAUUACACGUAUCGUUUACCUCCUUCAAGUCCUUUACUAUUAAGUCACAUUUAGGAGGAUUUGAGUCGUAUUAAGGAGGAUGGAAGUCGCAUUUAGGAGGAUGGAAAUUGCAUUUAGGAGGAUGGAAGUCGCAUUUAGGAGGAUGAAAGUCGCAUUUAGGAGGAUGGAAGUCGCAUUUAGGAGGAUGAAAGUCGCAUUUAGGAGGAUGGAAGUCCCAUUUAGAAGAAUGGAAAUUGCAUUUAGGAGGAUGGAAGUCGCAUUUAGGAGGAUGAAAGUCGCAUUUAGGAGGAUGGAAGUCGCAUUUAGGAGGAUGAAAGUCGCAUUUAGGAGGAUAGAGAUUGCAUUUAGGAGGAUGGAAGUCGCAUUUAGAAGAAUGGAAAUUGCAUUUAGGAGGAUGGAAGUCGCAUUUAGGAGGAUGAAAGUCGCAUUUAGGAGGAUAGAGAUUGCAUUUAGGAGAAUGGAAGUCGCAUUUAGAAGAAUGGAAAUUGCAUUCAGGAGGAUGGAAGUUGCAUUUAGGAGGAUGGAAGUUGCAUUUAGGAGGAUAGAGAUUGCAUUUAGGAGAAUGGAAGUCGCAUUUAGAAGAAUGGAAAUUGCAUUCAGGAGGAUGGAAGUUGCAUUUAGGAGGAUGGAAGUUGCAUUUAGGAGGAUGGAAAUUGCAUUUAGGAGGAUGGACGUCCCAUUUAGGAGGAUGGAAGUUGCAUUUAGGAAGACGGAAGUCGCAUUUAGAAGAAUGGAAGUUGCAUUUAGGAGGAUGAAAGUUGCAUGAUGGAUGUCGCAUUAAAGUAUCAUCCACAACGUACUCAACCACAGCCUCUCCAUCAGACCCUUAUCUUUUUUGCUAGUCAGCUGCUGUAAUCUCAUACUUGCAUGCCAGACUAAAUGUAUUAAUGUAAGCGGUUUUGAAAUACAGUGGAAUCUCUCUAUCUGGACUACUCUCUAUCUCGAACUUCUCUCUAACUCGAACUAAAGUCUUGGUCCCUUUGUGGCCCGCCAAAGGUAUUUUUCUUUUUCUUUUUCUCGAACAAAUCUUUUGGUCCCUUGCGAGUUCGAG